GUGGAAGUCCAGUGUUGACACAGAUUUCAGUUUCAUUUUCAUUAUGCCCACAUGUAGCUUGCCUCUGUCUGAUUCAUUCAGUCUGAGUGGAAACCCUGGACAACACACAGGGGAACGAACAGAUCCUGAAACAGAGGUCACAAAUCAAACACGUUGGAUUUGAUAACCUCUGUGUGACAGUCUCCUGCUGCAGACAUGGCUGAAAACUCUCCACUGCUGAAAGGAAGAUCAACAUCAUCUGAAUCCAAGAUCAAUGACUCCAAACUGUAUCUGGCUGUCUUCUCGGCCAUCUUGGGGAACUUCAGCUUCGGUUACUCCCUGGUUUACUCGUCACCGGUCCUGCCCCAGCUCCAGACCCCCGAUGUGGACCCUCGGCUCAGGAUGGGUAAGGAGCAGGCCGCCUGGUUCGGCUCCAUCUACACCCUGGGGGCAGCCUCAGGGGGUCUGGGGGCCAUGCUGCUCAACGACCUGAUUGGACGGAAGCUGAGUAUCAUGACGUCAGCAGUGCCGUCCACUAUUGGGUACUUGAUGAUGGGAGGAGCUUCGGACUUCUGGAUGCUCCUUUUGGGCCGUUUCCUCACAGGUGUUGCCGGGGGGAUGACGGCAGGAUCAAUACCUGUUUACAUCUCAGAGAUCUCCCAUAAAAGAGUGAGAGGGGCUAUGGGCUCCUGCCCUCAGAUCACCGCUGUGACUGGGGCCCUGGCGCUCUACGCCUUGGGUCUGGUGUUACGGUGGCGGUGGUUGGCGGUGGUGGGGGGGGUCCCGGCUCUGCUGAUGGUCGUGCUUCUGGUGUUCAUGCCCAGCUCCCCCAGGAGACUCAUUAAACUGGGGAGGGAGCAGCAGGCGGAGAAGGCUCUCCGGUGGCUGAGGGGGGAACACUACGACACACAAGUGGAGAUCAAUGUCAUACAGCACAGCAUCAACACACAGGCUAAAGUCACGUGGUCGCAGCUGGCCACACCCGUGUACUACCGGCCAAUCCUCAUCUCAGUGAUGAUGCGUUUCCUGCAGCAGAUGACGGGCAUCACACCCAUCCUGGUCUUCAUGGAGCCCAUCUUUGCCAAAAGCAAAGUCUCCCUGCCUGCCAGGUAUGAUGCCGCCAUUGUUGGAGCGUUCCGCCUCUUCGCUGUUGCCGUGGCAGCCAGUCUGAUGGACAGGGCGGGACGCAAAGCCCUGCUGUACAUGUCGAGCCUGUUGAUGAUCCUGUCCAGUCUGACUCUUACCAUUAUCUCCCACACCACACCAUGCCCUCCAGGCCCCGCCCCUCUUAACCUCACUAUCUCCCAUGAUGCCAUUGGAAGCGCUUUGGACGCCAGCCAGCAAACUUCAGCAGGCCUCAUUCCUCUCAUCAGCACCAUGGUGUUUAUUCUUGGAUACGCCUUGGGAUGGGGCCCGAUCACAUGGUUGCUAAUGUCGGAGGUGUUGCCGCUGGUAACCAGGGGCGUGGCUUCAGGUCUGUGUGUGGCCGUCAGCUGGUUGACGGCCUUCGCAGUCACGCAGGCCUUCUCUCACCUGGUGGAGGACCACAGCCUGUUUGUGCCCUACCUGUGGUUCACCGUGGUGUGUGUGCUCUGCCUGCUGUUCACCGCCGUGUGUGUCCCAGAGACUCGAGGUCGAUCGCUUGAGGAAAUAGAGAAUUAUUUCAGGACAGGAGGGACAUUCACCAUCACCCGGAGUCCUUCCACUGAACAAACGUAGAGAUACAAAUAUACAAUAUAUUGUUACCAUGGGAUAUCUCUAAGAAAGGGCUAAUGUAGAGGGUUUUUCAUUUAAUAUAUAACCAGUGGUGGAAUGUAGUAAAGUACAUUUAUUCAAAUACUUCAGUAUAAUGUUACUUUGCCUGAGUAUUUAAUAUGUUAUGCUACUUUUUACCUCUACUCCAUACAUUUUUAAAAGCCAAUAUCGUACUUUUUUGUCCACGACAGCUUUAGUUAUUUUACAGAUUCAGAUUAUUACGUAAUAUAAAUUAACUCAUGAUGAUGAUGUGAUCAUUGAACAGCGUUGGAAAUGUACACAGCAGUAUAUAAAGAAAUGGAAAUGAUCUACACUUUUAGCAGCGACAACAUUACACAUUAGAACAAAGUAUAAUAUGAUUGUUAUCAUCAUCCAUUAUGACUAAUUUAUGGACUUUAAGUUUAUUUGAUGCCAACAUGUUCUUUUAAUCAAACUUUGGAUGCAAGAGUAUAAGCACUUCUACACUGUGGUAUUGCAAUAUUUACAUAAAAUAUCAUGUAUAAGUACUUUUUAUCAUACACCUCGAACACAAACGGGUUAAUCUAAUCACUGAUGCAAAUGCCAUGUUCAAACAUAGCAAUACUUCAACUAUACAAUAGGAUUAAGUACAAACCCAUACCUUUAAACACAGCCUACUCGACAUACCAUUUCUUUGGUAACAAGCCAUGAAGUUAGCCUAUUUAUACAUUUGUACAUUCCUGAACACAAUGCACUUUGUACAACCAUGUAUCUUAAAAGUAUGAACGCUGGUCUUCUGGGAGGCUGUUCCACAAUCGUGGGGCGCAAUAUUAAAAAGACGCCUCACCGUGGUUCUUUGUUUUAACUAGGCAUCAUUUAAAGGCCAGCAGAUUCAAGAUUCAAGGCUUUUAUUGUAAUAUGUACAUAGCUACAGUGUAGUUAUGUCAAUGAAAAUCUUAGGUCACAGGCUCGUCCAACAGUGCAACAAUAAAGCAGAUAAAACCGAAGACCUGAGGGUUAUGUAGGGUUCAUAAUUUAAAAGCAGAUCUGAUAAAUAGCAAGGCCAAAGACCACAAUAUCCUCAAAUAUUUAAUAACCAUGGGAACAAACAGGUUGCCAGCUGUCUGAAAAAAAUCCUGGUUCAUCAACUCCUCUAAAUGAAGACAGGAAGUGACGUUCCUGGCCCAGCGGUGGCUGAGCAGGACAGGUCACAUGCCACAGUCUGGACUCACUGUCUGACUCAGCCAGUACUUUCCUGCGCCAUCUUGAUAGUUGCUUAGCAGCAGGACUCAUCAUUAUUAUUUAAUACACUCUAUUUUGAUUCCUCAAGAUUUUACAGCAUCCUUACACUAAGCUUUAAUACUUGUAGUAAUUUAAUUGAUUGUAUUAUGAUGUAAGGUGGUCCUUUUAUGUUGUCUACAGUAUACACUGUUUUUAAAAGGUACAUUUGAAGGGAUGGAUCAAAUUCAGUAUUAUGCAAUUUUUUGUCGUAUUCAAUUCUGUCUUGUCUGUAAACUGUUUGAUUGACAUGUCGAGUCUGUCAAAGAAGGGAAGAGACAACACAGGUUUCUGUGUGUGUGUUCUCGUGAGCUGCACCUUUCAAAAGCUGUGUGUUCAUAGUCAUGUCAUAGACUAGCUUUAGCGUAGCCUUAGUGUCGGAAUGUUUACUUGGUAAAACCAUUGUGUUCCUACACAUACAACAGUACAUAUAAGUCAAUAUAACCUUUUCAAUGAAUUGCAGUAACAACAGUAUCACCCCAUUGUGACAUUUCAUUUUCUAAAUUCACAACCAUUUUUUUAUAACGCCUAUCUUGUAUGAAAUAGAUGGCUGUAUAAAGAUAGAAGAUUACUGCUAAUGUGGUUCAUUUUUGAUCCUCGCAAUAAUGUAAAAUAGGGCAGUGUUUGCCUUGAAAUGUACAGUAACUCUUUAAAUAAUUAUCACAAUGUAACUCGGACAGGAUGUACACAGACAAUCAAUGCAUGCAAUAAACCAAUUGUUUCAUCAAUACACUGUCAA